UAAUUAUUCAAGUUCGUAGUUGACGUUCCAUCUGAUGCCGAGCAGUACGAUAAGGGAAAAAGUAGAUUAAAUAAUCCAAAGUGCAGCCACUGUUCGUACGACAAUGUUCUCGUAACAACCGGUUCAAAAGUCAAAAGAAACAAAUAUACAUAUAUACAAUUAAUAAAAUAUAAAGUGAUCACUUUGAUCAAAGAACUGAUUGUGCGCGUAAUUUUUCAACAACCAGCGAGUAAUUGCACGAGUCAUUUGCAUACAUCAAUAUACGAAAUUCGAUUUUAUCAUUCAUGAUCGAUCAACAAUUACUAUGUCGAAAUCGUGUGAUAGACUUUUCUAAAUACGCGUGCGCGUCUCGGUAGUGGUGUGGUAGCAUGUUUAUUGUGCAAACAAGGAAGAUAUGAAACGAAAAUGGAAAAUAGCAUACCUCGUCGAGUACCGAAUAGACUUUCCUCCCUUUCGUUAUCAAAUAACAGAUAGUAGAUAAAUGAGCACUUAAGCAAAGACCUCGUGUUAAGCUGUCAUCUUGGCACAGUUCAGGCACUGUUCUUGUAGAAGACUUUGUUAGAAUUACGGUGUACGAAAAUGACGCUCGAAUACACGGAGAAGGAAAAUCAACGAUUUAAAAGUGUAAAAGCAGGCUUAAUCGACUUUAUCGGUGGAUCACUCGGGGGGAUGGCACUUGUCUAUGUCGGACAACCGUUAGACACAGUUAAAGUUAAAAUGCAAACGUUUCCUUCCAUGUAUAAAGGAAUGGUAAGUUGCUUUUUGCAAACGUUAAAAACAGACGGGAUAAGACGUGGAUUAUAUGCAGGGACAGUGCCUGCGCUAGUUGCAAACGUUGCAGAAAACUCGAUACUGUUUGCUGCAUACGGAGGAUGUCAGAAAGCUAUUUCCAACGUUUUAGGUAUACAGAGAGUAGAGGACCUGACAUCGAUUCACAAUGCAUGGGCCGGAUUCUUUGCUGCAUUUUUCUCUUCAUUAACUUUGUGUCCUACGGAACUUGUAAAGUGUAAGCUACAGGCUAUAAGAGAAGUUCAAAUGGAUACGAUCCAAGGAAAAUCAUCGGUAGCUGUGAUCGGGAAGCAAAUUGGGCCGUGGGGAUUGACGAGCCAAAUUCUCAAGGAACAAGGCAUAAGAGGCUUUUUUACUGGUCUAUCGUCGACGAUAGCACGUGAAAUGCCCGGUUACUUCUUUUUCUUCGGUGGCUAUGAGGUUACCAGAGAACUCUUGGCAAAACCGAACCAAAGUAGAGAUGAAAUUGGAUGGCAAAAGACAAUGGUAGCUGGUGCUGUCGGAGGGACUGUGUUGUGGCUUGUAAUAUUUCCAGCAGACGUAGUUAAAAGUAGGAUACAGAUAAAAAAUAUAAAAACUCCGGCGUUGACAGUUAUGAGAGAUAUUGUCAGAAACGAAGGUAUCAGUUCCUUAUAUAACGGUUUAAAACCGACGUUGAUAAGAACUAUACCAGCAACAGCUACAUUAUUUGUAACAUAUGAAUAUAGUAAAAGAUUCAUGCUGAAUCUUUUCGAGGCUAGCUGAAGAUUGGAAUUAUGAUCGUAGCAGAAAUUGUGUAUAUCGUUUUUUUACAUCAUGGCGUGACUAAAUAAAUGUGCUCGAAUUCAUUGAA